UUCUCUUCCUGCAGCUGGAAUGAUUGCUCUAUCUAUCUCUUCUUCCUUCUCUAGUCCCGCCCUUCCAACUCUCCUCUCUGGAGGGGGAAUCGGUAGCCCAAAAAGGGCCGGCAAAAGCGCCGACGUGUUCAGAGGAGCGGAAGUAGUCAAAUUUCAUUGAGAACCGUAAAGUGCGGCUGGCUGUCUCCCUUUCCGGAUAACGACAGCAGCUCCGACUGUCAGUGCCGGCCUUCCUCGUGUUAAGAGGAUCUGCCGGACCCUUGCUAAUUCAAAUUUUUUCCCAUUCCGGGCCCUUCCCUAUCGUCGCCCCCUUCACCUUGGAUCAUGUUCAAGAAAUUUGAUGAAAAAGAAAAUGUGUCCAACUGCAUCCAGUUGAAAACCUCAGUUAUAAAGGGUAUUAAGAACCAAUUGAUAGAACAAUUUCCAGGUAUUGAGCCAUGGCUUAAUCAAAUCAUGCCUAAGAAAGAUCCUGUCAAAAUAGUGCGAUGCCAUGAACAUAUAGAAAUCCUUACAGUAAAUGGAGAAUUACUAUUUUUUAGACAAAGAGAAGGGCCUUUUUAUCCAACCCUAAGGUUACUUCACAAAUAUCCUUUUAUCCUGCCACACCAGCAAGUUGAUAAAGGAGCCAUCAAAUUUGUACUUAGUGGAGCAAAUAUCAUGUGUCCAGGUUUAACUUCUCCUGGAGCUAAACUUUACCCUGCUGCAGUAGAUACGAUUGUUGCAAUCAUGGCAGAAGGAAAACAGCAUGCUCUGUGUGUCGGAGUCAUGAAGAUGUCUGCAGAAGAUAUUGAGAAAGUCAACAAAGGAAUUGGCAUUGAAAAUAUCCAUUAUUUAAAUGAUGGGCUGUGGCAUAUGAAGACGUAUAAAUGAGCCUCGGAAGGAAUGCACUUGGCUAAAUAUGGAUAUUGUGCUGUAUCUGUGUUUGUGUCUGUGUGUGACAGCAUGAAGACAAUACCUCUGUGGUUAUGCUGAAUAAAUUCAACAGAUGCUAAAAUUCUGUUGGCUUCAAAAAUUAUUUUAAUUUUUCUUAAAGUCAAGUUAAGAUUGGGUAGCAAACUUGGACAUUAAGAGGUAUUUGAUGGAUACAGACAUUUACAAGAUUGUGGUGACCCAUGUUACAGUUAGAAGGUGGUGAGAAAGGUUCCUUAAUUUUGAGAAUAUAUCUCUCAAGGCUCUUCACGAAACUCAAAAUGUUCCAAUUUCUAAAGGAGUAUCCACUAGAACUGAUUUAUAAUGAAAGGAAAAAAAUGAAAAUGUAUGCAUCCUAUGUCAAUAUAACCAUCACUUCUGAGGUCUCAAGCAAUCAGAAACUUACUCAAGUAAGAAUUAGGCCAUUAAAAUAUAUUUGGAAAGCCCUUCAGAACACUUAUGUUUAGAAUGUUACUAGUUGUGUUAAGGCAGUAAGAAUUAGAUUAAAUAUAAUUGUUCUUAAUAUCCCAGUCUCUCAGCAAUAGUUCCUAAAGAAAUCAUGCCUGUCAACAUGGAGACUGAUGCAUGUAAAUGUAUACUUUGCUUUAUAUGUUUUUAUAUUUUGUAUGUAUACUUUUUAUAACAGGUAAAAGAAUGAGUACAUAUAAUGAACUAUAACACCAAUUUGUUUAAUAUUGUAUUAAAACUAAUUAAGUACUUGUAAAGGACUACAACUCCAUCAGAACAGGAGUGAAUAAUGUGAUUGAGAACCAGUUUUUAAUCUGUGUUGAGACUAUUAAGCAUGCAGGUUGGUUCGUUGAUUGGUUGGUUUGCUUAAGAGGCUGGCCUCCUGGAGAAUAUAAUUUAUGUAUGGGAAAAUAUACAGGAGAUGAUUCACUGGAAUUCUCCUAGUAAUAUCCUGUUCAUCCAAACUACUUAGUACUAUUAAUUUUUGUCUCCUGGAGUGAAAAAUGAAAGGACACCAAAUUUUAUCCAUGAACACUUUGAGAAAUAAAAGAUCAAUUAGUGAAGUAAUUUCUAAUUAAAAUCCUAAUUGUUAA